AUGCUGAACCUAAACUCCUUGGACAGCAACACUAACAGCAACAGUAACUCCUUGUCGGACCCUGUGUCUCUCAACGUUGGCGGUGAGAUCUACACCACGACUCUGGACACUCUGACUCGCUACCGAGACUCCAUGCUGGGCGCCAUGUUCACCGGACAGAUCUCUACGCUUAGGGACACACGUGGAAAUGUUUUCAUCGACCGCGACGGGAAGGUUUUCCGCUAUAUCCUGAACUUCCUACGUUCCAGCUCCCUGGACCUGCCGGACAGGUUCUCUGAGAUGAGGCUGCUGAGGAGGGAAGCAGAUUUCUUCCAGAUCCGCCCCCUACUGGAUGAGAUACAGCGGCACGUUGAGGCCGGACCGCUCAGCCUGAGAGAUGCACCCAGAAGAGCCUUGCUGCUGGUGGACGUGGACUGCCAGGUGCGCGUGCUACACUUCAACCUACGGCGUGCUCCCGAGAACUACGAACUCCGCACAUGCUCAGUGUGCAUCCUCACCGUCGAAAUCUUCUGUACCUGGCGUGCCUUUCUGGUUCUCCUCUGUGAGCGUUUCUCUUACCGCACAACCCAGGGUCUUACUUCCCCCCUCCCCAGUGACCAGCGCUACAACCGUCUCAAACUGGAGUGGGUUCCCCGGCCAGACGAACUUCCCCAGGACCAGUAUGAGAAACAGCGGUACAGAGGACUCGUCGUCUCGGACUCUUGGGCCACACAGACCCACUUUGGUGACCUCUGUGAUGCCAUCAUCCCAUGCCGCAGCCCCUGUGAGGUCAAAGACAUGCACAGGUUUUUGGAGGAGCUGCUGACGGUGUCUUUGGCAGAGGGUUUUAGGGUUGACUCCGUGACCCCUGACUCCAUGGACGUUUUGAGCUGCCAUACUCUGCAGCUUGUACGGUAG